AGCUCCCGAUCGGAAAGCACAAGAACACAAGAGCUACGAACACGCCCGGGAAAUCUUGACGGGAGCGAGCUGGGUCUGGUUUCAAAUUGAAGGCCACCGCUAGCACUAGCUAGAGCUCGAGCAGUGCAGGGCACACCCGUGCGAAGCUCAACAUGUGCAGCCAGGCGGACCCGACGCUGACGUGCCCGCCGCCGUCGCAGGGGCGGCUCAUCACGGUGCUGAGCAUCGACGGCGGCGGCAUCCGCGGUCUCAUCCCCUCCACCAUCCUCGCAUGCCUCGAGUCCAAGCUCCAAGAGCUGGACGGGCCGGACGCGCGCAUCGCGGACUACUUCGACGUGAUCGCCGGGACGAGCACGGGCGCGCUGGUCACGUCGAUGCUGGCGGCGCCGGGCGAGAACAAGCGGCCGCUCUUCGAGGCCAAGGACAUCAACAAGUUCUACCUCGACAACGGGCCCAAGAUCUUUCCGCAGAAGAGGUUGGGGUUCCUGACCCCGAUGGCGAACCUGUUUGGCGCGGUGACGGGCCCCAAGUACGACGGUAAGUUCCUGCACGACAAGAUCAAGAGCCUCACCAACGACGUGACCGUCGCCGACACCGUCACCAACAUCAUCGUACCGACGUUCGACAUCAAGUACCUGCAGCCGGUCAUCUUCAACACGUAUGAGGCCAAGGUGGACCCGCUCAAGAACGCGCACCUCUCCGACAUCUGCAUCAGCACGUCCGCGGCGCCCACCUACUUCCCAGCGCACUACUUCACGACCCGCGACCCCGCGGGCAAGCUGCCAGACCGUGAGUACCACCUCAUCGACGGUGGCGUGGCCGCCAACAACCCCACCAUGGCCGCCAUGUCCAUGAUCACCAAGGAAGUGUUGCGCCGGAACCCGGACUUCACGCACGGCAAGCCCGCCGAGUACCACAGGUAUCUCAUCAUCUCCAUCGGCACAGGGACGGCCAAGCAGGCGGAGAAGUACACCGCGCCGAACUGCGCCAAGUGGGGCGUCCUCCGCUGGCUCUAUGACGGUGGCUUCACCCCACUUAUCGACAUUUUCUCUCAUGCAAGCGCCGACAUGGUCGACAUCCACGCUGCUAUAUUAUUCCAGGCUCUCAACAUUGAGAAGAACUACCUACGCAUCCAGGAUGACUCGCUCACGGGCCACACGUCAUCGGUGGAUAUCUCCACCAAGGCGAACAUGGAGGCGCUCAUCGGAAUCGGCAACAUGUUGCUCAAGAAGAAAGUUGCCCGGGUGAACAUUGACACGGGGGUGUACGAGCCCGUCGAUGAUGAGGGCACCAACGAAGAGGCGUUGGCUCACUUUGCCAAGAAGCUCUCCGACGAGCGCAAGCUGCGGCUGAGCCAAACCACCCUCAACUCCCAAUAGACGAGAGGACGAUUCGAAAGAGAACAGAGACGAAGAAAACUAGCUCCUAUGCUAGAUCGACCGAUCUAGAGUUGUAAUAUAUUGUUAUGUAAUGUAAUUUUUGGUGAGUAAUUAA